GAUCUGAUUUUUAGAUUCGUAGUUUAAAAAAAAAAAAAAAAAACAAAGAAAGAAAGAAAGAAAAGAAAAGAAAUUGGCGAAAGGGAUCGGUGUCGUUUUCAUUUAUUUCAUUUUCUUGCUUUUCAUGAUGCCUGAAGGAGGGAGUGGAGGGUAUUAUAAUUCCAAGAAAACAGACGAUAUCUGUGAAGAUGUUUGCGGCCAGGAGGCAACACGAGCUGCUUCGAGCAUGUCGAGAUUGCGAUGCAUACUCCGAGGCAUGGAUUUCAAAGCGUACAUUCUUCUGUUUGUUAUUGUUCCCAUGUGCAGUCUAGGUAUUUAUAUGCAUGGGCAGAAGAUAACUUAUUUUCUACGUCCGAUAUGGGAAUCCCCUCCAAAACCAUUCCACAAUAUCCCACACUAUUAUCAUGAGAAUGUGUCCAUGGAGAACCUCUGCCGGCUUCAUGGAUGGGGAAUCCGAGAGAGCCCGAGGCGUGUUUUUGACGCGGUGUUGUUCAGUAAUGAAUUGGACAUUCUUGCCAUCCGAUGGAAUGAACUUUACCCUUAUAUCACACAGUUUGUUCUCCUUGAAUCAAAUUCAACGUUUACUGGCUUGCCCAAGCCGCUCGUCUUUGCUAGCCACCGAGAUGAUUUCAAAUUUGUAGAGUCCCGGCUGACUUACGGAACUAUUGCUGGAGGAUUUAGGAAAGGCGAGAACCCGUUUGUUGAAGAGGCUUAUCAGAGAGUAGCACUCGAUCAGCUUCUCAGCAUAGCAGGCAUAAGCGAUGAUGACUUGUUGAUAAUGUCUGAUGUUGAUGAGAUCCCGAGCGCCCACACAAUCGACCUCUUGAGGUGGUGCAAUGACAUCCCUCCAAUUCUUCAUCUUCGGCUUCGUAACUAUUUAUAUUCUUUUGAGUUUCUAGUGGACAAUAAGAGCUGGAGAGCUUCAGUCCAUAGGUAUCAGACUGGUAAGACUAGAUAUGCACAUUAUCGUCAAACAGAUGACAUCUUAUCAGAUUCGGGAUGGCACUGCAGCUUUUGCUUCCGGUAUAUCAGUGAGUUGAUAUUUAAAAUGAAAGCGUAUAGUCACAAUGAUCGGGUAAGGUUCUCUCAUUACCUCAACCCUUCAAGGGUCCAGGAUGUGAUCUGUCGUGGAGCAGACUUGUUUGACAUGCUGCCUGAGGAGUACACAUUCAAGGAUAUCAUUGGGAAGUUGGGACCGAUACCUCGUUCAUAUUCAGCAGUUCAUCUUCCAGCAUAUCUUCUUCAAAAUGCCGAAAAGUACAGAUUUCUCUUGCCUGGGAACUGUGUCAGAGAACGUGGCUGAGUUCCAUUGGUCGGUCUUGAUGUUUAUGUUGUUAUGGUCAGUGCUGCGUGAAUGAAGCCUGGGGAAGGGUUCAUUGGAAGAUUGAUAACUGUUGUACUCAUUAUGGAUAUCAACUAAAUUUAGACCAUUCUUUGGAGAAGCGUUUGCAAGAAUUGAUGAUUUUCUUUGUUUUUGGAUUCCAAGGCUAAAUUCUGUACAAAGGCUUUUUAUUGUUGGGUUUCAACUGCAACACUUCCAUUCGCCCAAGGUGCUCACAGAGGGACAAGAACCGCAUUGGAAAGUUUUUUAUUUUUAAUUUUAUAUGUUGUUGGUAUGGCACAAUCUCCUGCUAGCUGUUGAAUGCAAAUCGAGUGAUGUCCUGGAGGUCAUCUGUUUCUGGGAAUUUUGUUUCUCUUUGUUUCUUUGUUUCCACGGCUAAAUUAUUCAUAUAUUCUUAACAACUUGUGUAGGUAUUUCUUUCGACUUUUCGAUUGUAACAUCUGAUUUCUUUCAACUCUAUUUGCUGAAUUCUGAUUCUAUUCUUUUA